AUGUUUCGCGAAUUCCAAGUCCCCAACUACAUCUUUUGGUCGUUGGAGAUCCACUUCUACAGAAGAGAACACCAAACAGUCGCAUUGUCCUUUUUGAGCACCUUGUUGGGGCUCGGGAAUGCUUGCUCUGGUGCAGCUGGUCCAUCUGGAGGUAUUAAUAGUGGUGGAAGAAGUAUUACUAGUAGUAGUAGUACUGCAACUACAGAACCAGCAGGAGCACAAGCUACAGGCUUGUUCACUCGUUAUCUGCAGGAUUUCAUUGGUACAGAGUACCCAGACUUGGACAGCUUCUCCGAGAUUAUGACACCACCAACGGUUGCGACUACUCAGUCUUGCUACGUCAUUGGCCACCUUGUGCGAGGAAAAGUGAGCGGAAUGCACAUGCUGUUGCUCAUCUUGCGGGAACUAGUCUUGCGGGUGAGCGACAGUCACAAUGCUGCCAACGGGUCGUUUGCGCUACUAAAGAAUCAGCCUGCUUCGUCGAGUGAAUUUCUAGGGCAACAACACGCGUCGGCAGAUCAUGUGAAUGUGGUGGAGGCUGCCGCGUCGAAUGUCGUGGCUGGAGGCAGGGGACCAGGAGCGAACAACAGCAACAUCAAUUGGCGUGUCGAACUCUGUGCAGCUGUUUUUCCGUUACUAGUCAAAGUGUUAGAGAAUCACAAAGCAAACCGAAUUUUGUUCUUAGCGGAAAAAGGACUUGAAUUACUUUGCAAGAGUGCCAGACAGGGCUUCAACCUUGUCAAGAGUGACACCAGCGGAGUAUGGGGAAGCGCUUUGGGAGGGCAGGCAGGGAGUGCUAAGGGCAAGGACAGCAUAGCGGACAAGCAUGUUUUGAGCACAGGAGCUUUGUUCUUGAAUAGCUAUUUCAAACUUUUGCUCGAUUUUAACGCUUGGUUCGAAACGCUGCACGAACACACGGUUUAUACAGAUCACUAUGGGAGCGAUGAUGUUGGAUUUCCUCCAGAAGGUGGAGCGAAACGUGGUUGUUCUAGUACUAUGACCGCUGCAAGGGAGGGCCAACAUCAACAUCAAGCGUUAAUAGGAGAUCACGGUGAUGGAGGAGACCUAGACUUGCCUCAAGCGCCUCAAUCUUCUUCUAGCGAGAUGGCCGCACCUUUAGGAGUACCAAUAUCCUCGAGCAGACAUCAACAUCCACAUCAUAGUGGCAGCAUGCAGCUAUUUCCACCAAUUAAACUCGCUAAUGCAAGAUACCACACUAGGAAUUCGAACGGCACAGGAGUCGCAAGCCAUAACGGAUUGCUACAACAUCCACAACAACAGCACUCCUCUUCCUCUUCUUCUUCUCAUCAUCCACAACAACAGCACUCCUCUUCUUCCUCACACACUGCACACCACCAGCAUAACAAACUUCUUGCUGCUUUGUCCAAUGCACCCUCAACGCCACCGCGCAAUGGUCGAGUUGCUAGCUUUGAUUCUACCUUUUGUCACGUGAAGAACCUGUUUCCAAGUCCAUUGAUCGACAGUCCGAAUGGGAGCCCAUCUCCCUUAAAGGUGUGGAGCGACUCCAGUGACGACGAGGAAGCCUUGAGGUCCUAUUUGCCGGGAAAAGCGGUGGCGAGUAAGGUUAUGGAAGUGUUGUUUGGACUCUAUCUGUAUCUACCAGGAUCUCCAUAGUUGGAACAAAAAGACAAGAGAAAACUACAACGAUUACGAAUCAAACCUACUAGAGAACGAUUGCUAGUAUCUUAUCACGUGCAAGUGCAUGAACGUGCACGAGCACUUUUCUUUUUCUAGCCAGAGGCUAAAGAUCGUGGACUGCAUCAAACGGAAACCUCUUCGAAUUCUUCUAACAAACUGACCGCCCCAUCGCACCACAACCGCGCUGGCGCUUUCCAUUCCUCCAAACGGACGAAGAAGCUGGCUCAAAUGGCCAGACAGCCAGACGUUCACGAUCUGCCCAAUCUCAUGAUGUCACCAACCGAUAUUAAGGGUUGCACCCGCAUUGACAUUCACAUUGCAUUCUGCACUUGCAUCCUUGGCUUUUUCUAAGAAGAAAAUGCGUCAGGCUUGUUCUCAAGAACGCAAUGGGGAAAGAAACCUCUUCUAAGGACAAGAAGAUCAAAGAUGCGCUGAACAAUUUCAUGGGGGACCACGAUGGGGAAGAACUACUACAUGCUGUAGACUACAGCUCUUGCAAUGCUGGAGCAGUAGGUGUCACUAGUACGACAGAUGAGCCUCCUAUGGCAGCUAUGUCGCCAACCGCCGAACUGCUGGACGACUUGAAAAAACAACGGCAGAUCGACGCUUUAGUUCACAUCAGCCAAUUUCGAGAUCAGAGGUCGUUGUCUAGACGCUUUCAAGACCGACUAAGGCGAUUACCUGGCGGUGCCCGGUUCAUCUACGAGACUUUGCAGGUUUACUUGAUUUCUCUAGUCCAGCAUGAGAUUACGGGUAACGCCAACUCAUCUUCCCCAGCAUCUUUUGGUCGUUUUCUGCUCGAAAUCGGCCAGACGUUCUCAAAGAUGGGUUGCCGGUACGUCUUCUAAUGAGGACAAGUUUCUGCACCAAUUGUUGACGGUUUUGGCCAUGAUCUUGGACGGAAAUCGGAAAAACUGCAAGCACUUUGUGGAAAAGUAUGCAGGUCUGAAUCUGUUGAUCUCCGUUUUCAGCCUGUACAAGGACUACGUGGAAGGAGGGACUCAAGAUGGGAUGAGAGGGGACGAAGAAGGUACUUCCUGGAGGGUCAUGGUCUUCCAAAUCGAUGAUUGAAACUGAUCUGAGAGGAAAGAAACAGCUUUUUUUUGAGACUUUCUCUCUUCGUUCUGGAGCCAGCCUGUAAGCCUGCGCAUUUGCCCUCUUCGCUCAAGGCUCAAAGUCUUUUCUCAGUCACCCCCGUAGCGCAUUUUUCCGUACCCUAUUCUUGAAGAGUAAUGCUCUGCCUUACUCGAGGUGACAAGAGUCGGUCCUCUCCAAGACUACGCUCGGCAAGGGUGCUUCAGCGCAAGCAGUUGCAUCCUGGUCGUCAAAGACUCCCGCAUCGCCGGAGGCUGGCAACAGAGCACGGAGAAGGGGGCGGCGCGGUCAGUGGAAGGACAGCCGGCUCGUUUUUUAUGUUGCUUGCUUACCUUGAUGGCCAGUGCUUCCUCCCAAACCAAACCCGCGGUCUUCUCCUUUAACUCCACUCGCUUUCUAACUUCGUCUUGUACUCCUGAAUGAAGAAAUUCUGCUCCUUGUCUUGAAUGGUUCGGGUCUUUGGUAUAGCCUGAAUUUGAUCAUAAGGGAAAACAAGAAGAGAAUCCUUAGGAUCGAAUUCAGGUUACCAAAUACCAGAACCAUACAUGUCUUCCCCAACGAACUUUUCCAUUGCCUCUCAGGUUCAGGAAACUCUGCUCCAUAUCUUCCCCAACGAACUUUUCCAUUGCCUCUCAGGUCACCAUUUACUCCUGAAUGAAGAAACUCUGCUCCAUAUCUUCCCCAACGAACUUUUCCAUUGCCUCUCAGGUCACCCUUUCCACGCGCCACAAAAGUCGCUUGAAGAAAUCGUUGCAGCCAGACCGGAUGCGAUACCCUUUUUGCAGUCUAAUUUCCUCAAUUUCGCCAUCGUAUGCGAGGCUAUGCCUAUCCGCACUCAGAACCUCCUUCUUCAACCUCUCAACGCUUAUUUGGACAUUUCCGAACGACAGAGUGGCGAAAUCAAGAUGCUACCACCUUUAAGGGUAAUCUCCUUCAAGUGUAGGUGUUGUUGGUUCUCCUAGUUAUUUUGCCUGUCUCCUAGUUAUUUUUCCUUAUAAUUUUGCUUUUCUUAAGGAAAUGGGAAAGAAGGAUGUAUGAGGGGCAUAACUACUAAUGGUCGUGUACGCUAACACUAAACGCAAAGCCCUAGUACCAGUACCUCUAACCUGUUCGAGGAAACAACAUUCCAAAACUGGAGGACCAAAAGCAGCGCAACAGCUGCAAGUCUAUCAGCAAACAAAUCGUAGCUCGCAGACAAGACUGCAGUUCUUGUUGAACUUUAUCGACGACUUCUAUUUCUCUCCAGCGAUUCAGGGAAUGUCGUGCCAUUUCCUUGUCAAAUUCCUGUAUGGGAGACCCUUCGUCCAACAGUCGGACCCAGCAAACUUAGUUAAGGCUUCUAGUACUUGCUGUAAUUAUUCAAAUUCCUAAUUAUUAGUAAGACUAGACUAUUCCUCUGCUUGUUGUUGUUACGUUAGAGUACCAGACUGAAGAGCAUAGCUCUUUAGUCUGGAAUAUCCCUAGGGAAUAUGACUAGUUUGUUAGUACUUAUCUGUAUUAUUAGUAAGACUAGUUGUACUUGUUGUUGUUCUUGUUACGAGGUGUAGUAUCAGGAGACAGUAUCCUUGUGAGGACAACAUCCACACGUUCUGGCAUGCGGCAAAUACGUGGUGGCCCCUUGCAGAUAUGAGUAGCUGAGUUUAGGUUGUAAGCUCUAACUCGGAUGUGGCAGUCGCGCCGGCAACAGCGCCAACUGUGGACUUGAUCGAUGUGUAUGGUGGUGAAAUUAGGCGGAAAAGGAAAGCAGCAUUGGCUAGAGGCGGGAAUCAAAGGGAUGGGGAUGGCAAUUAUGUGUGAAGUAAAUGCUUCAGCUUGUUCAUGUUCUGGUACUAGAGCAGUGCUAGUGAUGUCAAACUACUCCCUAACCCGUGCGAAAAAAUCUUUUUCCAAGGUACUCAAUGUGAUCAUGAUGUCUUGUUUCCAUCCCUCUAAAUAGUCCCCUCUAUCCUAUCCGAGUACCGCUAGAAGUUUAUCUCCAUCUAUCAUCUCCGAGUACUACCUUUCUUGUCCUCGUCUUCUAAUCCUCCCUCCCAGUCGGCUUAGGUGGGUGCAUCCCUACCAGUCGCGCUUUCAACGGCAACGAGGAGGAGGUUGAUCUAGCCAUGGCUUCAGCGAUGAAAUCUAUUUCUCCGGACACGAGGAGACGGCUUUUUUCGUAUCUCCUCGACUUAAGGCAAGAACAACGUUCAACCCAGAGAGCAUCCCAAACCCAAUCAUGAUAAUAAAUACGUUAUUAAAUAGAAGUACAGGUUGAUCUUUGCUUGGGCGGUCUUUUUCAAAGGGGAACAAGACGAAGCGUCGUCUAAAGGAUAUGAUGACAUGACAUCCUCAACAGGGAUGCGACCGAGCGCGUUCUCUAAUGGCUCUUUUCCUCACAAACGUCGACAAUUUUCCCAACGACUUCGCCGUUGUCGGCCAUGCUCUACACGCUGCCAAAUUGCUUUUAGAUGCGGAUGAGGAGUUUAGGGUCACUUGCACCGAUUCGAUUGAACUCGCGAAGGAGAGUGCAUUUAAUCUGCCUGCAAAUUAAGGCUUCUUGUAAGUUGAACGAUUUACAUCUUCUAGGGCGAGCAUAUCUAUGCCUUCCUCGACCUCAACAGGUAGGACAAGGAAAGUCAUAGAUGUUCUAGCUAGUACAGUACACGGGUGGUCAACGUCAUAGUCAACAUAGGUCAACUUGCAACCGCUAAGCAAAUGAGCGACUACAAACCAGAAUGUUGGAGAUGGCAUUGCCAGUUUUGUUAAGGCAUAUUGGACACAAACACACGGGACCAAUGUCCAAGGGCGCACCAGGAGCGUCGAGCAGUCGUGGGAUGGUAGAGGCGACGAAGGGUGGCGGAGGCGGUGGGGAAGUAUUUCACGAAAUUUGAAUUCGACGAUUGAUUUUGAUGUAAUUUAAAAGGAAACUACCCGUUCUUAUUUAGUUUAGUUAACGCCCAUGCACAUCCACAUCAAAAGCAAUUUUCCAACUUAUUUUUCUUCAUCUUCGCUUUUCGUUUUCCUUUUCCAUUGCAUCUUCAAAAUUUUCAUUUUGCACAAUGAUGAUCGUCUGAUUUUACUUGUUUCCCCUUCAUAUCUCUCACUGAAUCUCUGCCCACCACAGUCCACUCAUCCACUCACCCUCUGCAGCAGCUCUACCCCCGUGGCGCUCAAUCUCGCAGCAACACGGCUAUCGAGUAUGGUCUCGAAUUAGUCCUCCUGUGCCCAUUAGAACGCACCAUCAAAGCGGCUAAACUUCUCGAUAUCCACCUGCCAACGGUCCUGUCCAACAUCAUCCGCGAGAACUGUGUAGACGUCCGCUUACUGUUUCAAGUGGAGAAGAUGCAUAGGAGGAUAUUAAGGCUCAACUUUCAAUUAUUUUUAGAUUAGGGUCACCAUUUAGAUCUAGAUAUAAGGUCACCAUUUAAAUUGGAGUCACUGAAAUCGAAGAGGCGACCCCUUGAGAGAACAGGGAAAAACGAAGGGAAAGGGGAGAGCUUUGAAGGGGGUCUCUUCGUUCAGCAUUAGCGACCACAGUGACUGCUGAGCUUUAAGGAUAGAAACGAGAUUCGAGAAGGAAAGGAAAGCGGACUUCGUGAAGCAUAAACAGACGAGGUGGAGCAAACUAGCUGAAUAUUGCGAAGAAGAGGAUGCGGAAAUGCUUUCACUAGUGAAAGAUUUGGUCAGAGCGGAUGAACAGUUGUUUGCUGCUGCCUCGUCUGGGGCGAGUGAUCAAACUAGAAAUGCGGGAGACCAAGGGAGGAAAGGAUCGGGUUAUGGAUGAAGUGCUUUCCCUCAGUCCUAGACUUGAUGUUCUUGCUCUUACAUGUUAUACAACUGAUACUGAACAAAGUGCAAACCACCAGGAGAUAUUAUACAUAGAUUUUACUUAUAUAAAUCUCUGGUUGCUCCUAGCGAUCAUGGCCCUCUCAAAGUAGUUGACUCGGAGAUGAGAGAGUUCUUUGUGUUUCAUCAACUCCUUGCUGCUAGCUACGUGAUAGUCUCAUUCUCAUUCUUUUCUAAGAACAAUACGACGAUCCGAAAGCGGCGCAAGCGCCCAAAGUCAUAGACGAGUCGCGGAAAUUACGAGGACGCAUGGCGAGCUUUGACUUGGAGCUAUGAUUUUUUUUUUUUAAGAAUACAGAAAUGUCCCUAGAAAGCAAGGUAACAUCACAAAAACCAGCAUACUUACAUAUUACAUCUUCAAGUACGGCCUCGAUCUCGGACACAAUCACAGAAUAUUUUGUAAAUAUUGCACACAAAUAACGGAAACAGGAUUAGUUGAUUUUUCGCAGCAUAAAAUGAACAGCUUGGGCUGAGGACCCGGACUAAUACACCCUAUUUCGCUUCAGUUUUCAUUUGGUAGAGCUGAAUCCUGCAUCUUGUUCUAGUACAGUACCACUGCUUGAUCAAUGAAGGACUUUUGACAAAUCUGCACAAGAACAAGAGCGGAAUGGAGAAUGCACAGUGAUAAUAUAAUGGGCUAGCACUACACUAUCGUUUGCGCAACAUGUUUUAUUAGAAAAUUAACAUUCAGUCAUUUUUUGUAUAUGCCAUGUUGUGCAUGAUGUACUGCACCAACAGCUGUGGGGGUUUCCAUUUCCACUUAAGUCCCG